UCUUUCUCUCCCUCCCGCCAUUUCCGCUUCCUGUUUCCCCUCCCUCCUUUCAGCGUCCAGGGUAACGGGCGGUGCCGCAGUGGCUCCCGCUCCUGUCGGGUGGGAAGCUGAGGGACAUCGGGGGAAGCAGAGAUUGAGGGGGUGUGGGUGUCUCCCCGGGUUCGGGGUUUGCUGCCAAGCCCCCCGGAGGGGAGGCCGGGCCUCGGUCUUCAUGCGGCCUGAGGCUCCGAGCCGCCUGAGGAGCGGUGGCGGCUCCCCUGUGUCUGACUGAGGGACCCUGGCUUCGCUUGUUGUUGUGUGUAUGUGGAGGGGCGAGGGAGGAUAGGAUAGGCCCGAGAAGACGCAAAAGUUUAACUGGUUUAAUUAUGGGCAACAUAUUACAUCAUGUUAUCAUCUAGUCGAAACAGGGAUAUUGAACGGCGAGCUGAGUACCUGCAAGCGGACCAGUGUCUGCCACCUUCCAGCGACAACUCCAUGGAUAGGAUCUGGUUCAUCAAAGAUGGCUGUGGUUUGGCCUGCGCCAUAGUAACCUGGAUGCUGAUUUUCUACGCAGAGUUUGUGGUUAUUUUUGUAAUGCUCAUCCCAGCAAAAGACUUGUUGUACAGUAUCAUUAAUGGGAUUAUCUUCAAUACACUGGCUUUCCUUGCUUUGGCUUCUCACUCUCGAGCAAUGCUGACAGAUCCUGGUGCAGUACCAAAAGGAAAUGCCACUAAAGAAUUCAUUGAAAGUUUACAGUUGAAGCCGGGCCAAGUGGUGUACAAAUGCCCAAAGUGCUGCAGCAUCAAGCCAGAGAGAGCACACCAUUGCAGUGUAUGCAAGAGAUGUAUUCGAAAGAUGGACCACCACUGCCCCUGGGUUAACAACUGUGUGGGAGAGAAUAACCAGAAGUACUUUGUGUUGUUUACAAUGUAUAUAGCUCUAAUAUCACUACAUGCCCUUAUCAUGGUUUGCUUUCACUUUCUGUAUUGCUUUGAAGAGGAGUGGACGAAAUGCAGUUCAUUCUCACCACCAUCCACAGUGAUACUACUCAUUCUUCUGUGCUUUGAGGGUCUUCUCUUCCUGAUUUUCACUGCUGUGAUGUUUGGCACCCAAGUACAUUCUAUCUGCUCAGAUGAAACGGGAAUAGAGCAGUUGAAAAAGGAAGAGAGAAGAUGGGCUAAAAAAACAAAAUGGAUGAAUAUGAAAGCUGUGUUCGGUCAUCCAUUUUCAAUAGAAUGGCUAAGCCCAUUCGCAACUCCAGAUCAAGGGAAGGUAGACCCGUACCAGUAUGUGGUCUGAGUCAUCCUAGGCCAGCAAUCCAAUCCAAACUGGUUACUUUAAUAGCAACUACUUUUACAAGUACCAGUCGUAACUUGCUCUAUAAGUUAUUUACAAGAUGGUAUUCUUCCUGAUCCACGUGGUUUUUUUAAAGCAUGGAUGAUGAAAAGGUGCACUCCAUUGUUCAACUUUAUUCCAGCCUUCUCUGUUCUACGAAAUAAUAGGACAGUAAAACUGUAAAAUGCCGAACUUGCUUCUCUCCUACACUGCUAUACUGGAUAUUGUAUGAUAUAAGCAGGCUUCUAAAGACUGCAGAUGUAGCUGUAAAAUUAAAAUAAAGGAAAUUGAAGAAAAUCAACUGACUGAAAGUACUGUUAAGGAUCAGGCAUCCUUCUGAAGCUUCAAGAUUCAAAAUAGGGGCUGGAUUAAUUCUCUUUCUAAGACUUAUUUUCUUGAUUUGCCUUUAAUGAUUUAUACCUUGACAUUCUGUAACAAUAACUAAAGUAUAAGCUGAUGCCUUUAUUAACGUGGUGUCAUUACAGUAAUUAUUAAGUACUAUGGGGCACUGCUAAGAUGCUAACUACAGAUGAGAUGAAGCCCUGCUUGCUUAUAUUUUACUGCCCACUACCCCAUAGCCUUCAAGAGCCUAACUUCCUGUUCUUAUUUUCUUCUGUAUUUGUUCCAAUGUGAUUUUUUUAACAUUCUGGUUCAUUUAAUCCAUAGUUGGAGGGUGGUGUGCCUUGGCCUUGCCCUCCCAAUGUUGGGCUUCGAGGGUGGUCCAUAUUAUACCAAAGAGGAGAUGCUCUGUGUUAAAAGGGAAGUCACUUAGCCUUUUAAAAGGGCAGUUAACGCAGCAAAGCCUGUAGAAUGAAGGUCAUUAAUUUAAAAUUGUAAAAAAAAAAAAUGCUUUUGAUGCAAGGCCAUACCCUCUGAUAUUGGUACAUGCCGUUUGGAGUUGCUCUUCCCCACUUAAAUUGAUUUCACAUUGUGUCCUGUAAACAUGCGCAUUUGCUGAUAUGAAUGAAUUAAAUAAGUUGAAGUUCCUUAUUUACAUGGCCAUCCAUGUUUGUAAAGCGCCAAAAUCAUCAUUACAUAGACUGCCAACAUGACAUCAUUAAAGCAUUUUUUUUGUGUUUUUUAAAAUUAAUUUUUAUUGGGUGUUAAUUUUUAUACUCCUUUUGUCUGCCCUAUCUCCAUCUUCCUCCUCGACCAUGUUAAGGCAACAUAACUGAGUGAAUACAUUCAGAACUUUAGCUGUCAACACUACCUACCCCCUCCAUAAUGAUAGACUACUUAUUGCUUGAUGCUUUUCAGGCCUGUACAAAUUUACUCAUCUGUUUACAAUUUUCAGCAGGUAAAUUCAGUCUUCCAAACACCACAAACAAAAUGGUGCAGAAGCUACAUUAAAAACAUGACUUUUUUUUUUACAACAAAAGUUUUUUAAUCUUUCCCUCUACCUCUCAUUUGACCUUUUUUUUAAAAAACAUUUUAUGUACUUUUUCAAUGUUCUUUUCCCCCAAUCUGUCUUUGUUUUCCUCCCUUAAUUUGGAACGUGAGUAGGCCUCUCAUCCUAGCAUUCAGGUAGAUCAUGGCAGAUCUGUACCUCAUAAACAUUUUACACACCUCAGUUCCAAACCCCUUAUCCAACAAAAAUGUAUCAAUCUCUGUCUUGAAAAUUUCAAUUGACCCAGCAUCCACAAUAUUUGUGAAGUUAACACUACUGGAAAACUUGUCCCUUGUCACAUCUGUCCACAAGCAUGACUCAGACAAGCCUGGUGCCCAGUUAUAUAAACUGGGAUUGGUGAAAUGGUUUCUGACACGGAAUCCAAGGAAAUGGCAUUGGCCUUGCUUCUUGAAUGAGCCCUGUCAAGAGCAAACUUUUACAGCCCUCCCGUAGCAAUGUUAUCAUGUUCACGAUCUGAUGGUGCCUAGUACAGACCGAAAUUAAUGAGGGUUUUAUUCAGGACAAGCUGGUGUUAGGACGACAUCAGACAUUCUUUUGUUCAGAGGCUUCUGUUUCAUUCACUUUGUUUCAUUAUUCAUAUCCCCAGAGCUUUUUAAUUGGGUUGAAAGUUAAUGCAUUUAGUCAGGUUUAUGGAUAUUAUGCAUGGGUAAAAAUGAGGGCUGCAAAAAAAUUUACAAAAUUUGAAUCAUGCAAAUUUUUUUAAAAAGAGCUUUCCGAUGGCUGUUCCUAAAUGCAUUGCGUAGGCUGGCAUUGAACUAGACUGGUGAAGACUAUCUUUUACUCGGUGCCUGAUCUGUGGUAAGUUAGUCAACCUCAGCCAAAGUGGUCUCUGGAGCUCCCCAGAUAGGAAAGAAGAAAAUAAGGCCGGCUCCUCAUCACUUUUUUUUUGUGUUGAACCCUGCAAUAAAGCCCCUGCCAGUGUUGGAUAGUGUACUCAUGCACUCUGGGCUGGCACUUAAAGAUUGCUACUUGUCAAGAGGGCAGCCAUUACCUGUGAAGCCAUACCCCAGCAUAUGUGUACCUUUUCGAAAAGGGGGCCACCCCCAAAUUAAUGUGGUGUUUUUGUUUUAAAACUGGCCAGGAUUAAAGGAGUAGCUCGGUAGAUUAUCAUCAUUACUGUCUUCGUGUAUAAAUGGGGUUUUAGGGAAAUUCAAUCUUCUACUCUCACUCUAAAUGCAAUAAAAUUUUGUGCAUAACAAAGGUAGACAUUUUCAAGUUCUUUUUUAAAUGAGAGAAUUCUGGCUUUUAAAACUCAAGAUCCAAGAAAUUAGUUGUUUUAGGAGUAUAGCAAUUCUAGAAAUGGGUUAUGAUGAGGUUUAAUCUUAAUGUGUAAACUGAACUCAAAUGAAUAAUUGGGUUUGCUUUUAAAAAAAGGAAAUGUUUAAAAUUGUUAAUAAAGGAUGUUGUCCCCUGCAAUGCUGGAAUAUCGAAAAGGAAUAUUUGUGUAGCUCUUGGUAGUAUGGCAUUGUUUAAUAUCAAGUCAACAAAACUCAUCAGAGGCUUUUAAUCUUGUAUUAAAGCUGCUAAUUAAAUUUGCUUUGUAGAAAUAAAAUCAAACUAGUUUAAAGUUUUGUGUUAUAUUACAGCAUUGCCAAAAAACACAGUUAGAUCAUUAUUUCUGACAACCUUGUGUCCUCUGUAUGUUGGGGAGGGGAAGAAAUUACAUUUAACAUGGGGCUUGGGAAAUUUGUGUUUGUCUAAACGUUUGCUUCAGAUGCAAUCUGAAAACUGUGUGUGUUAUUUGGGUGCUAUUAUUGAAUAAUUAAAUAAAACAUUUUUCAAAGAA